CCUACCACUCUCAUAUAUACCUCACUCUCUUCUACUCUUCUUCCUUCACUCUCUACUAUCUUCUUUCUUCUUCAUCACCCCUUAGAAAAAUGGCGGGAUUGAGGAGGAUCAAGCUUGGGUCGCAAGGCCUGGAGGUCUCGGCUCAGGGACUGGGCUGCAUGGGCAUGUCGGCCUUCUACGGCCCCGCCAAGCCUGACGCCGACAUGAUCAAGCUCAUCCACCACGCCGUCGACUCCGGCGUCACGUUCCUCGACACCUCCGACGUGUACGGGCCCCACACCAAUGAGGUUCUGCUGGGGAUGGCUUUGAGUGGAGGGGUGAGGGACAAGGUUGAGUUGGCCACGAAAUUCGGGAUCAAUUUUUUUGCGGAGAACAAGGAGAUUCGGGGCGACCCGGAAUAUGUGAGGGCUGCUUGUGAGGGGAGCUUGAAACGACUUGGUUUGGAUUGUAUUGAUCUGUACUAUCAGCAUCGGAUCGACACUCGUGUCCCCAUUGAAGUCACGGUGGGGGAGCUCAAGAAACUGGUUGUAGAAGGUAAGAUCAAGUACAUUGGUCUCUCUGAGGCUUCUGCUUCCACAAUAAGGAGAGCCCAUGCUGUUCAUCCAAUAACAGCUGUACAGUUGGAGUGGUCCUUGUGGUCCAGAGAUGUUGAGGAAGAUAUUAUUCCUACUUGUCGUGAACUUGGCAUUGGUAUUGUUGCAUACAGUCCUCUAGGAAGGGGAUUCCUUUCAUCUGGGCCUAAGUUCGUCGAAACUCUUGCCAAUGACGAUUUCCGAAAGUAUCUGCCCAGGUUCCAAGGUGAAAACCUAGAGCAUAAUAAAACAAUCUUCGAGCGGGUUAGUGAUCUUGCGGCAAGGAAGGGGUGCACCCCAUCUCAACUAGCACUGGCUUGGGUUCAUCACCAAGGAAAUGAUGUCUGCCCCAUACCCGGAACCACCAAGAUUGAGAAUUUCAACCAGAAUAUUGGAGCUUUGGCUGUGAAGUUGACGCCAGAGGAAAUGGCUGAGCUUGAAUCCUUCGCUUCUGCAGAUGCUGUUAAGGGUGACCGGUAUCAGAGUGACUUCAGUACUUGGAAGAACUCUGAAACUCCAACACUGUCUUCAUGGAAGUCCGCAUAAAUAUGUUCCUCGGGGCAUUAAUGUGCCUUGAGCCAUGAGUAAUGCCUCUCUCUACCUCACGACCUUCGCCUUGCUGUUCUCAUAUAUAGUUCUUACUGAAUAAUAUAUGUAUUAUGAAUUUGAGACAAUAAACAGUUUGUGACUUUGUGUGCGAAUAUAACCUUGCAUAUCAUUGAGUAA